GGGGCCGCCGCAUCCCCGUGACGCGCGGGCCAACCAGGCGGCGUUGCGGCCCCAGUCCGGCUCCCUGCGCCGCCGCAGCCGCCAGCGCCAGCGCCAGCAGCCGGGCCCGAUCACCCGCCGCCCGAUCACCCGCCGCCCGGUGCCCGCCGCCGCCUGCGCCACCGGCAUGGCGUUCCGGGGCUUCUGCAGCGCCGAUGGCUCCGACCCGCUCUCGGACUGGAAUGUCACGUGGAAUACCAGCAACCCGGACUUCACCAAGUGCUUCCUCGUGUGGGUGCCUUGUUUUUACCUCUGGGCCUGUUUCCCCUUCUACUUCCUCUAUCUCUCCCGACAUGACCGAGGCUACAUUCAGAUGACACCUCUCAACAAAACCAAAACUGCCUUGGGAUUUUUGCUGUGGAUCGUGUGCUGGGCAGGCCUCUUCUACUCUUUCUGGGAAAGAAGUCGGGGCAUAUUCCUGGCCCCAGUGUUUCUGGUCAGCCCAACUCUCUUGGGCAUCACCAUGCUGCUUGCUACCUUUUUAAUUCAGCUGGAGAGGAAGAAGGGAGUUCAGUCUUCAGGGAUCAUGCUCACUUUCUGGCUGGUAGCCCUAGUGUGUGCCCUCGCCAUCCUGAGAUCCAAAAUUAUGACAGCCUUAAAACAGCUGCUUGCUACCUUUUUAAUUCAGCUGGAGAGGAAGAAGGGAGUUCAGUCUUCAGGGAUCAUGCUCACUUUCUGGCUGGUAGCCCUAGUGUGUGCCCUCGCCAUCCUGAGAUCCAAAAUUAUGACAGCCUUAAAACAGCUGCUUGCUACCUUUUUAAUUCAGCUGGAGAGGAAGAAGGGAGUUCAGUCUUCAGGGAUCAUGCUCACUUUCUGGCUGGUAGCCCUAGUGUGUGCCCUCGCCAUCCUGAGAUCCAAAAUUAUGACAGCCUUAAAACAGCUGCUUGCUACCUUUUUAAUUCAGCUGGAGAGGAAGAAGGGAGUUCAGUCUUCAGGGAUCAUGCUCACUUUCUGGCUGGUAGCCCUAGUGUGUGCCCUCGCCAUCCUGAGAUCCAAAAUUAUGACAGCCUUAAAACAGCUGCUUGCUACCUUUUUAAUUCAGCUGGAGAGGAAGAAGGGAGUUCAGUCUUCAGGGAUCAUGCUCACUUUCUGGCUGGUAGCCCUAGUGUGUGCCCUCGCCAUCCUGAGAUCCAAAAUUAUGACAGCCUUAAAACAGCUGCUUGCUACCUUUUUAAUUCAGCUGGAGAGGAAGAAGGGAGUUCAGUCUUCAGGGAUCAUGCUCACUUUCUGGCUGGUAGCCCUAGUGUGUGCCCUCGCCAUCCUGAGAUCCAAAAUUAUGACAGCCUUAAAACAGCUGCUUGCUACCUUUUUAAUUCAGCUGGAGAGGAAGAAGGGAGUUCAGUCUUCAGGGAUCAUGCUCACUUUCUGGCUGGUAGCCCUAGUGUGUGCCCUCGCCAUCCUGAGAUCCAAAAUUAUGACAGCCUUAAAACAGCUGCUUGCUACCUUUUUAAUUCAGCUGGAGAGGAAGAAGGGAAUUCAGUCUUCAGGGAUCAUGCUCACUUUCUGGCUGGUAGCCCUAGUGUGUGCCCUCGCCAUCCUGAGAUCCAAAAUUAUGACAGCCUUAAAACAGCUGCUUGCUACCUUUUUAAUUCAGCUGGAGAGGAAGAAGGGAGUUCAGUCUUCAGGGAUCAUGCUCACUUUCUGGCUGGUAGCCCUAGUGUGUGCCCUCGCCAUCCUGAGAUCCAAAAUUAUGACAGCCUUAAAACAGCUGCUUGCUACCUUUUUAAUUCAGCUGGAGAGGAAGAAGGGAGUUCAGUCUUCAGGGAUCAUGCUCACUUUCUGGCUGGUAGCCCUAGUGUGUGCCCUCGCCAUCCUGAGAUCCAAAAUUAUGACAGCCUUAAAACAGCUGCUUGCUACCUUUUUAAUUCAGCUGGAGAGGAAGAAGGGAGUUCAGUCUUCAGGGAUCAUGCUCACUUUCUGGCUGGUAGCCCUAGUGUGUGCCCUCGCCAUCCUGAGAUCCAAAAUUAUGACAGCCUUAAAACAGCUGCUUGCUACCUUUUUAAUUCAGCUGGAGAGGAAGAAGGGAGUUCAGUCUUCAGGGAUCAUGCUCACUUUCUGGCUGGUAGCCCUAGUGUGUGCCCUCGCCAUCCUGAGAUCCAAAAUUAUGACAGCCUUAAAACAGCUGCUUGCUACCUUUUUAAUUCAGCUGGAGAGGAAGAAGGGAGUUCAGUCUUCAGGGAUCAUGCUCACUUUCUGGCUGGUAGCCCUAGUGUGUGCCCUCGCCAUCCUGAGAUCCAAAAUUAUGACAGCCUUAAAACAGCUGCUUGCUACCUUUUUAAUUCAGCUGGAGAGGAAGAAGGGAGUUCAGUCUUCAGGGAUCAUGCUCACUUUCUGGCUGGUAGCCCUAGUGUGUGCCCUCGCCAUCCUGAGAUCCAAAAUUAUGACAGCCUUAAAACAGCUGCUUGCUACCUUUUUAAUUCAGCUGGAGAGGAAGAAGGGAGUUCAGUCUUCAGGGAUCAUGCUCACUUUCUGGCUGGUAGCCCUAGUGUGUGCCCUCGCCAUCCUGAGAUCCAAAAUUAUGACAGCCUUAAAACAGCUGCUUGCUACCUUUUUAAUUCAGCUGGAGAGGAAGAAGGGAGUUCAGUCUUCAGGGAUCAUGCUCACUUUCUGGCUGGUAGCCCUAGUGUGUGCCCUCGCCAUCCUGAGAUCCAAAAUUAUGACAGCCUUAAAACAGCUGCUUGCUACCUUUUUAAUUCAGCUGGAGAGGAGGAAGGGAGUUCAGUCUUCAGGGAUCAUGCUCACUUUCUGGCUGGUAGCCCUAGUGUGUGCCCUAGCCAUCCUGAGAUCCAAAAUUAUGACAGCCUUAAAAGAGGACUGGAAUGUCACGUGGAAUACCAGCAACCCGGACUUCACCAAGUGCUUCCUCGUGUGGGUGCCUUGUUUUUACCUCUGGGCCUGUUUCCCCUUCUACUUCCUCUAUCUCUCCCGACAUGACGGAGGCUACAUUCAGAUGACACCUCUCAACAAAACCAAAACUGCCUUGGGGUUUUUGCUGUGGAUCGUGUGCUGGGCAGGCCUCUUCUACUCUUUCUGGGAAAGAAGUCGGGGCAUAUUCCUGGCCCCAGUGUUUCUGGUCAGCCCAACUCUCUUGGGCAUCACCAUGCUGCUUGCUACCUUUUUAAUUCAGCUGGAGAGGAGGAAGGGAGUUCAGUCUUCAGGGAUCAUGCUCACUUUCUGGCUGGUAGCCCUAGUGUGUGCCCUAGCCAUCCUGAGAUCCAAAAUUAUGACAGCCUUAAAAGAGGACUGGAAUGUCACGUGGAAUACCAGCAACCCGGACUUCACCAAGUGCUUCCUCGUGUGGGUGCCUUGUUUUUACCUCUGGGCCUGUUUCCCCUUCUACUUCCUCUAUCUCUCCCGACAUGACGGAGGCUACAUUCAGAUGACACCUCUCAACAAAACCAAAACUGCCUUGGGGUUUUUGCUGUGGAUCGUGUGCUGGGCAGGCCUCUUCUACUCUUUCUGGGAAAGAAGUCGGGGCAUAUUCCUGGCCCCAGUGUUUCUGGUCAGCCCAACUCUCUUGGGCAUCACCAUGCUGCUUGCUACCUUUUUAAUUCAGCUGGAGAGGAGGAAGGGAGUUCAGUCUUCAGGGAUCAUGCUCACUUUCUGGCUGGUAGCCCUAGUGUGUGCCCUAGCCAUCCUGAGAUCCAAAAUUAUGACAGCCUUAAAAGAGGACUGGAAUGUCACGUGGAAUACCAGCAACCCGGACUUCACCAAGUGCUUCCUCGUGUGGGUGCCUUGUUUUUACCUCUGGGCCUGUUUCCCCUUCUACUUCCUCUAUCUCUCCCGACAUGACGGAGGCUACAUUCAGAUGACACCUCUCAACAAAACCAAAACUGCCUUGGGGUUUUUGCUGUGGAUCGUGUGCUGGGCAGGCCUCUUCUACUCUUUCUGGGAAAGAAGUCGGGGCAUAUUCCUGGCCCCAGUGUUUCUGGUCAGCCCAACUCUCUUGGGCAUCACCAUGCUGCUUGCUACCUUUUUAAUUCAUCUGGAGAGGAGGAAGGGAGUUCAGUCUUCAGGGAUCAUGCUCACUUUCUGGCUGGUAGCCCUAGUGUGUGCCCUCGCCAUCCUGAGAUCCAAAAUUAUGACAGCAUUAAAAGAGGAUGCCCAGGUGGACCUGUUUCGUGACAUCACUUUCUACGUCUACUUUUCCCUCUUACUCAUUCAGCUCGUCUUGUCCUGUUUCUCAGAUCGCUCACCCCUGUUCUCGGAAACCAUCCACGACCCUAAUCGCUGCCCAGAGUCCAGCGCUUCCUUCCUGUCGAGGAUCACCUUCUGGUGGAUCACAGAGUUGAUUGUCCGGGGCUACCGCCAGCCUCUGGAGGACAGUGACCUCUGGUCCUUAAACAAGGAGGACACGUCGGAACAAGUCGUGCCUGUUUUGGUAAAGAACUGGAAGAAGGAAUGCGCCAAGACUAGGAAGCAGCCGGUGAAGGUCGUGUACUCCUCCAAGGAUCCUGCCCAGCCGAAAGAGAGUUCCAAGGUGGAUGCGAAUGAGGAGGUGGAGGCUUUGAUUGUCAAGUCCCCACAGAAGGAGUGGAACCCCUCUCUGUUUAAGGUGUUAUACAAGACCUUUGGCCCUUACUUCCUCAUGAGCUUCUUCUUUAAGGCCAUCCAUGACCUGAUGAUGUUUUCCGGGCCGCAGAUCUUAAAGUUGCUCAUCAAGUUCGUGAACGACACGAAGGCCCCAGACUGGCAGGGCUACUUCUACACCGUGCUGCUGUUUGUCACUGCCUGCCUGCAGACCCUCGUACUGCACCAGUACUUCCACAUCUGCUUUGUCAGUGGCAUGAGGAUCAAGACCGCUGUCAUUGGGGCUGUCUAUCGGAAGGCCCUGGUGAUCACCAAUUCAGCCAGAAAAUCCUCCACGGUCGGGGAGAUUGUCAACCUCAUGUCUGUGGACGCUCAGAGGUUCGUGGACUUGGCCACAUACAUUAACAUGAUCUGGUCAGCCCCCCUGCAAGUCAUCCUUGCUCUCUACCUCCUGUGGCUGAACCUGGGCCCCUCCGUCCUGGCUGGAGUGGCGGUGAUGGUCCUCAUGGUGCCCGUCAAUGCUGUGAUGGCGAUGAAGACCAAGACGUAUCAGGUGGCCCACAUGAAGAGCAAAGACAAUCGGAUCAAGCUGAUGAACGAAAUUCUCAAUGGGAUCAAAGUGCUAAAGCUUUAUGCCUGGGAGCUGGCAUUCAAGGACAAGGUGCUGGCCAUCAGGCAGGAGGAGCUGAAGGUGCUGAAGAAGUCUGCCUACCUGUCAGCCGUGGGCACCUUCACCUGGGUCUGCACGCCCUUCCUGGUGGCCCUGUGCACGUUUGCCGUCUACGUGACCAUUGACGAGAACAACAUCCUGGAUGCCCAGACAGCCUUCGUGUCUUUGGCCUUGUUCAGCAUCCUCCGGUUUCCCCUGAACAUUCUUCCCAUGGUCAUCAGCAGCAUCGUGCAGGCGGGGGCACGAACAGCAUCACCGUGAGGAAUGCCACAUUCACCUGGGCCAGGAGCGACCCACCCACACUGAAUGGGGCUCCGUGGCCUAUGUGCCACAGCAGGCCUGGAUUCAGAAUGAUUCUCUCCGAGAAAACAUCCUUUUUGGAUGUCAGCUGGAGGAACCAUAUUACAGGUCCGUGAUACAGGCCUGUGCCCUCCUCCCAG